UUUUUUUUCGUUGAAUUUUUGAAAGUGGGAGUGUGCGUGUCAAUCAGCCAUCAGCGUCAAUUCUAUUAACGUUCGUUAAACGUCGAAUACACAGACACUCAAUAUAAAGCACAUACUAGAUACAACAAUUGACAGCAUCAGCCCGGAACAAGAAUAACGCUUAAAUUAAGCGAUUUGACUUUGGAAGACAUUACUAUAUAGAUCUUUCUUUUAGAAUGAAACUACCAAACUGGUUACCUUUGUCUUAUGCUUUAUCGAAACAUUUGCUCCGGAAUGAAGUGCAUAAACGAUAUUUAAAUUUGGCAGAAAGGAAAUUCUUCGAGGAAGCACUUGUAUCAUACGCUACUUGGAUUGCUUUCAUCGAAAACAACAAGAAGGUGCCCGCAAUAAGAGACAUACCCGAGGAACAACAGCAACAGCAAACAACGAACACUACAGAAUUGGAUUUAGCUAUUUUUCGAGUACGUUCUAUGAUCUAUGAACAGCUAAUACCCCAUCUAUUCAAGACAGAUACGAAACAUAUUUGUUGCAGUAAUCAAACAAUAUCUCUUGAACCAUUAUUAAAAGAAGCUCAAGGCCUUACAAAGCCUUCAGUUACAGAUAUUGAUGAUGCUUGGAAAAAAUUUCUAGAGGUCAAUGUGAAAAUCAAGCAAGAGGAUCAAGAUUCAGAUGCCGUUUCGAGGGUGGAAGAUAUCACAGAAGGACAAAAGAGAAUGACCAAAGAUGAGUAUGACGGAAAGGAGGAGCAACAACAACCAUCACAGCAAAAUGAUAGUACAACUGCGGCUAAACUCGAAGAAGCCAACACAAUUACUGAUGAUGUACCGCUGAUAGAUGUUUUUCAUACACUCGAGUUUGAUAAAACAGCAAUGAUAGAACAACGUAAAUUAGAAGAGUUUGAGGCACAACAGCAAUUAAAUGAAGCAGAAGAGGAGAAAGAAAAUGCAGCAGCCAAAUCGCUGUCCAUGUUCAACGCUGAUGGCAAUUUCAACUUGAAAUAUCUUCUACAAGGCAUUGUACAGAAUAGACAGAAAACAUCCUUAUCAGAUCGUGAAUUGCAGAACUUAUUAUCAGAUUUCAGACCUCAUAGGUCAAAAUGGGCAAAUGAUGACAGACCUGGACAAGAAGAAUUAUAUGAAGCAUGUGAAAAAGUAUUGAAUGAUUUGAAGAACUUUACUGAACAUUCCACUCCAUUUCUGAAUAAAGUGAGCAAACGUGAGGCGCCUGAUUAUUUCGAUGUGAUCAAGAAGCCAAUGGACUUAGGAACAGUAACUAAAAAGCUGAAAAAUUUCGUUUACAAAUCAAAGAAAGAAUUUGCAGAUGAUUUGUACUUAAUUUACGAUAACUGUUUGACCUACAAUACGACGAAUGGAAGCGAAUACAGAAAACAUGCUGCAGCAAUGAAAAGAAAAACAGACAGACUACUACCAAGAGUACCAGAUAUCACUAUUAAGGAAGUCAAAUCUGAAGUUGAAGAAGAAGUAGAUGAUCUAACAGAGGACGAAGAACAUGAAACAGGACGCGUUUCUAGGAAAGCGGCAGGCAAACAUAUGGCAUCCAAAAGCAUGAAUAGAAAAGCCAUACCUCAAUCAAAACAGCCAGCACAACAGCAACAACAACAUGACCGACAACCAUCAAGAGAAAGAUCAAUGACUAGGGGCUCUAGUGCAGCACCGUCGACUACAGAUGCAGAUUGGGAUAUGAAUGAUGCGGCAACCCCAGAAAAAGGAACUCCCUUAGCUCAAUACGGUGGUAAGAAACCGGCCAAAUCCACUGAGAAUAACGAAGACCAGAAUGAUUUAGACCAGGAAGAAAAGAAACUCAACACUGAUAUUGAUGCUGAUUUGGGAGAAUUCCAAGAUCAAGUUUGGAGGGAUAAGACAAAGAAAACAAGAGCAAAAAUUACUACGGAUGUGGAAAAGCAAUAUCAGUUCCCUUUUGGUGAAAGGGAGAUAUUAAUCAGAUCAGCUUUAGAUAUGGAAAGAUUUUCUAUGAUUCAGCAUUUACACAAUAAGCCAGAAGCUGUAAUGAAGUUGAUCCGUUGUGAGUUUGAGCGUUUUUCAAAGUGGACUGAUCGACGCGCAACAAAUACGACACUCUAUGAUAGCUUUGAUCUGGACUCCAGUGAUGAUGAAAAUUUAGACGCUUUUUUUUCUCGAAAAAUAGCAAAACCGAACAAAACAAUCGAUGAUUCAGCAAAGAAUGACUUAUUUUUAUUCGAUUAUGAAAUAGCAUGUGGUUUACCAGAGAUUGAGGGUGUGCCCGAAGACGUGAUUGAACCCACCGUCUCCAAUACGCAGAUUGGAGGAGCUACACCGUUGACAAUGCCUUCCUUGGUUUCAAAGCCUAUGCUUAGAAAGUCAUCUGUUGAUUUGAGUCCAGAAGCUGUCUUAGCAGCACAAGGAUACUCUAAUGUGCCACUCGAGGUGUAUCAGGAAGUUCACUUUCCAACACACGGCUUAACUCCCCUGAUUGACAAAAAUAUUGAAACUCUACAGCAAAUCCGAACUAUAUAUACUAAAUGCAGCGCCAUAAAAAAUGACACGCCAAUAUCCAAUCUAACCGCUUCUAUCGACUUGGAAGAACCGAUUAAUUCAGAAAACGAACUUGAAUCUCACAUUUCUACUUCUCUACCAAUCACAACAACAGCGAAUUUCAGAACUUCAAAGAUACCACCUUUGACCUUAAAUGCAGAAUCAUGCCACCAGAUGAUGCAAAAAGUGCUCACGAAGCUUUUAACUCAUGCUGGAUUUGAGGGAGCGAAAGCAGGUGCACUUAAUGUAUUAACAGACAUAAUGAUAGAUUAUAUGACCAAUAUCGGCAAAACUUUACGUACUUAUUGCGAUAAUUAUGGAAACAAGAUGGAUAGUGAUGAAAUACUAGCUCACACAUUGUAUGAAAAUGGUAUUUUGGAUGUUUCCGAUUUAGAAUCGUAUGUGCACGAUGACAUUGAAAGGAAUGUGCAGAGAUUGGAUGACCUACACCGUCGUUUACAAACAUCCUAUCAAGAGCUUUUGUCGGGACCGACAGAAAGAAUUAUUGACGAAGAGGAAAUGUUAAAUGAUGAUGAGACAUUUAUAACUGGUAUAUUCGGUGAAGAUAUAGGCGAGGAUUACUUUGGUUUCAAGAACCUCGGACUGACCCAAGAAUAUAACAUGAGCUCCCUCACGGUAUAAUUUUUUUUUUUCUGGAUCUUUUCUGCUUAAAGUCGAAUAUCUUACCAUAACUUAAUACCUUUUCAGAUACCCAACAGACUUUGGUUCGGUAAGAAUAAAGAUAAAGUACCAGUCAAGAGCGAUGCAAAGAAGGAACCUCAAUAUAAAUACUCCCCACCACCAAGUUUUCUCCCUGUGACAUCCGAGAAGUCUAUCAUUGGGCUAUUACGACCUUAUU